AUGUUUCGUCGCAGAAGUUCGUCUCGUCACCAGCCGCUGAACACCCCUUCCGCGUCUGCUCAAACAGCAGCUUCAAGAGCUUUCAUUGCGAACAGAGAAGCCAAUGCGGCUCUAUCAUCCGCCGCCGCCGCCGCCGCACUCCGAAGCCAUACGACGACCCCAACUUCCGUCGAAAAUGUCCAGUCAAAACGCAUGCUGCAACGGCAGCUUUCCAACUCGUCCCGGGGUAGUUCCGCGGUCGGUACUCUGCGUGGCUCCCUCCAUCGCACACCCAGCUCGGGAUCAAUGUCGUCGAGGACCUUUCGUGAGAACUCGCCUGGUCGUUCCCAAAUCAGCUCCGGCGUGAUCGCAAAGCAGCCUCCCGUGCCUGCCCUACCCCAAGGGUAUUCGGCCGAGACCAAUCCGCAGGCUCGACGUUCUUUCAGUGUUCAACCGGGUCGAGUGGCAUCGCCAUCUCACAAAGCAGCGCGCGGUAGGGUUACCAGCCUGGAUCGUGUCCCCAGUUCUGCUGCAAGUCCCCCAUCGCCGCGUGGACAUGCGAAGCAGAAUUCACUUGAACUUGAUCGCCCGACAAGCCGCACAUCGAUUAAUUUCUCGUACCCGAUGCAUGCCCGGCCUAAUUCUCCACCCCAUUCUCCAGUGCCAAAUGAAUUUACCCGGAAUUCGGCUGAGCAAUCGCCCACCCAGCCACUGUCCCCCGAAGAAGUGGCGAAGAUUCAGAAUUCGGUGAAUAAAGCUGGAAGUUUGAAAGUGAAAAAGAGACCUCAGAGGUCUGCACCCGGGUCUACAGAAGGGAGCCAUUUGACUCACAAGACUAUGGGAAGUCGUCCGACAGGUACAGCCGUACAGGAAACCCCCCUACCAAACCAAGUGGAAACUCUUCCCCCAUCUACCAAAAUCUCACCACUCGACGAUACCAUCACACACUCUAGCCCUGUUGUCGAUGACAGACCCCAAUCCCCUGUUAUUGCUGCCGAAGAUAGUGUUCAAACCGAUGUCGACAAUGUACGACCUAGACCUAAAAAGCGGCCGUCAACUGUGAUGGAAGAUUAUGAAGCGGAAGAAUGGGCAGAGGCAACAGAAGUAUAUGAAACUACGAGUACGAAGCAGAGUGUAGACGUUCCUGUUCAGUCGCCCGUGCAGUCACCUACUGCAGAAACUGCGAAUGACAACCAAAAGCAACGUACUCCCAACCGCCUAGCCAUUGAAACUUUGCAGACAACAGAGAAAAAACCUUCGUAUUCUCCGGUGCAUUUGUCCCCUUCAACUCCAUCAUCGACUCCUUCCUCGCCAUCCUCAGAUAGACUCUCCGCCAUUCACAAUAUUGACAGGCAAGGGCUUCAGAGAGAACCAUCUAUCAGUCCGAACCGGUCUGCCAGGUUUUCGGCCCAUUUGACGGUGAGCUCGGAAUCGCCCAUUCAUGAGCCCCCGCCCCGAUCCAUGUCACCAGCAAAGCCGGCUUUGAAGAUUUCUUCGUCCCCCGAUCGACGUCUCCAUACGGCGCUUCGAACAGGGCAAACUCCGAGCGAAAUCUCAGACGCCACCUCUGUAGCAUCGGAUGAUGGAUCUCGCACCGGUUCGAGAAAGAAAGCUGUCAAAGUCAGCUUUGACGACGGACCCGAGAUUGUCGGUGUUGCUGCCAGCCCACCUACCUCUCCAGAGCCUAUCGAUACCCCUCCAAGCCCUACGGAGAAAACAAAACCAAGGAAUUGGUUCUCCAUUGGCAAGAGGAAGUUCGGAUUCAAGAAUGCCGUUGCUGAUGACGAAUUUGAGUCUGUCCUUAAACCUAGACCAGCGUUACCAUCAUUCGGCAGCAUUCGUGGUACAAGAGAAACGGACGAGCCUAUCACCCAGAUAGCGGAUGAUAAUAUCUCCACUUCGUCUUCUGAAGAUGAUACCGAUCCUAGAGACUUGGGUGUAUCGAGUGAUCAUGCUCUUGGUGGCAUUUUAGUUAAUGCUCUUCGACAACCAAGCGAAUCCACUGGGCCCAAGGUAGCAAGUGAUUCACUUCCUGAGGCAACCUCACUAGAGACGAAAGACAUUUCACAAGGUAUCGAUUUGGUAGAUGUCGCUAUGCCACAGCAUCUCCCAACAGUUGUCGAAGAAUCGGACUCCACUCCGACCCCUACUCCCCCUGCCACAUCGAACAGACCAGCAACGGAUUCAUAUGUUGAUGGUGCCUUGGAAGCUGUCCCUACAAUUGCCAUUCAGCCCGCAACGCCUGGUGCCGAAAAUAGGAAAAGUCUUGACAUACAAAACAUGCCUGGCGGAUUUCCAACGUCAUCUGACCGAAGCUUGUCUAGACAAGAUCAAAAGAUCACAGCUAAUCCAGUUGAAACGCCAAGAAGAUCUUCUGAAGAAAGUGAUCGUGAAUCUGAAGAGAGCAUAUAUAGUGACGCUGCCGAGGAUCCAGACGACUUCGACGGUGACGGAUUUGGCUCGAUCAAUGCCAUAGUAGACAGCCCCAUUCCCGCAAAGACUGAAUCACCAACCCAGGCCCCCGAGAGCCCUAGUCCUGCCCAUAUAUCACCAGUUGCUGCUGCAACGGUCACUGAACACCAGUCGCCCACUGCUCCAAUGGCCUCCCCACCAAUGUUUCAGCCUAUAAAGCAGGAACCCGAGCCUGUUCUCGCCGUCUCAAAACCUGUGGAGAAGGAAGCUUUUGAUCCUUCCGAUCCAUCUUGGCCGCUUAAGCCCAAUGAUAGUUCCUCUACUACUCUAUCGAAGCUGAACCUGAAAUCACAGUCACAGCCAAAGACGAAGCCGAAAGCCACUCCAGUAGACCCCCAUCAAGGGUCGCAUUUGCGAAAAGCUCUGGACAAGAGUGAGGGUCAACGACCAAGCCCUCAGAAAAGAUUGUCUACUUCUGUGCAAUCCUCCAUAUCGGCUACUAAGCACACAACGCCGCCAAUUGCGACCCAAGGCCCAAACAGAGUUGCAUCUAAGAAACACAACAACGCUAAAACUAUCCCACAAUCAAUGACCUUCCCAGGUGGUCUUAGUAGCACGAACGCUUAUGACAGCGAUUCAGACAGCAGUUUCAAGAGAACCAGGCGCUCCUCUCGGGUUGAUGGCCAGUAUUCGAUGAAGAGGACUAUGAGAGCAACCAGACCCGUAAGCAUGUCUACAGCAGAUACUCUUGGUGCAAGAUCGACUUCUCCACGGACAUCCUCUAUGCGCAUGACCAUGCGCGGAGCUCCUCCAGACCGCUCUCCAUCCGGGCUUGCUAGUCUUCGGAGCAAGACGCCACUCCCAAGACCGAAAAGCUCGGCUAUGCCAUCAAGCAGCAUAUCCAGGUUCGGUGGCUCUGACGAUGAAGGUCAAGGGCGUCGAAGAAUUUUUCAGAGUCGCUUUGCAGAUUCGAGUGACGAGGAACCAUUACCAAGCAAUUUGACACCUGUUCGUGGCAUCCCUCGUCGUCGGGGCGAAUUCGAUGGUGAAUCGACUGAUUUGGAGGACAGUUCCGACGAAGAGAGUAAACGUGCUCGCAAUGGUAACGUCAAACCCGCCUCGCAAAUGUCUCCCGCUGAAAUAGACGCUCUUCUGUCCCAGCCUAGAAAGCGAGGUCUUCUGGCUCGGUUUAAGUCGAAAAGCAAAGACGGCAAAGUUCGCAAAUCUGGACUAGACAGCGCUGCAAGGAGGGACACUCCUUUAGAGCGGUCUCGGUUGGAGCUUGCGCAAAUGAGAGAUGAUGCAUUUAAUGGGGCUAGUCCGCAACCUGGCCGAUCAACGUCUCCCAAACUUCACAAGAAACAAGCGAGUCCUGUGCCUCCAGCGUCACCUUUGUCGGUAACAACCGCACCAGGCCCUACGCAGAGUCGACCGUCAACCUCAGAUGGGAUCGUGCACAGUGGGUUUCGCACUGAUAUCAGCGCCGGUUCUCCAUCGCGGCCUUCGUAUAAUCGUCACGGUACUGGAAACAGCCUUGAUUCCGAGGCAACUCAGGCUGCAUCUGAUGUAGUUGUUGGAAGGACAGGCCGCAAAAAACGGUUUCCAUUGCUCAGAAAAGCAUUUGGUCUGCGUGACUGA